CCGGGGUGUGGAAAGUGUGGCGGCCCCGCCCCGUGUCUUGGAAUUGCCGCGGCCGCUACCGCUGCCUCCGCUGCAGCCGGAGGGGACCCGCGCCGGUGCGCAGAGAGGAAAGGCGCUCUUUCUUCGCUGAAAGCAAACACAAACUUUUUGCGCAGCUCCUUGGAGAAGCUGCCGCCUUCCCAGCCCACCCAUGGCGGAUGAGAUUGAUUUCACUACUGGCGAUGCCGGGGCUUCCAGCACGUACCCUAUGCAGUGCUCGGCCCUGCGCAAGAACGGCUUCGUGGUGCUCAAGGGACGACCAUGCAAAAUAGUCGAGAUGUCGACUUCCAAAACUGGGAAGCACGGCCAUGCCAAGGUUCACCUUGUUGGAAUUGAUAUUUUCACGGGCAAAAAAUAUGAAGAUAUUUGCCCUUCUACUCACAAUAUGGAUGUUCCAAAUAUUAAGAGAAAUGACUAUCAACUGAUAUGCAUUCAGGAUGGUUACCUUUCCUUGCUGACAGAAACUGGUGAAGUUCGUGAGGAUCUAAAGCUGCCAGAAGGUGAACUAGGCAAAGAAAUAGAAGGAAAAUACAAUGCAGGUGAAGAUGUACAGGUGUCUGUCAUGUGUGCAAUGAGUGAAGAAUAUGCUGUAGCCAUAAAGCCCUGCAAAUAAAUGGGAGCAUCAGACAUGACAAACUGUUUAGGUCUGGAUCAGCUACAGAUCUCAAGUUUGGUUCUAAGUUGUCACCAAAGCUAUGGCCUUCAGAAGCAACCUCAUUUAUCUUUUAAUUGUCUUGAAAUUGUGCUGAGUUAGUUUUGCACGCAAUUAGUAAUUUAAAAAAAUAAUCACGAUGUAUAAUUCUUUUUUUUUUGUAGGUGUUUUUUUUUAUAACAUUCCUGUGGUUGUCAGUAUGUGAGUCCAAGAAACAGACAAGGUAGCUUCUACAGAUGUGAUUUGAGUAUAUCAUUUGUGAAUUUUAGUUAAGUGAUAAAUAAACCAGGGUUUUAAAUCAAACAAUGUAGCAUCCAGUGCUAUCGAAGUACCACAUUUAAGUUGAAUUGUUCUGUAUUAAUUUCAGACCUAACAUACAGAGUAAGCAGAUAAUGGAUUGGAAUUGUCACAGUUUCAGCCGAUGUAUGGCAAGCACAAAUUCUUAAACAAAAAUCCUGUUAUCAAAAAGUGUCAUUGCAAUACCCUGUGUUACCUUGGUCUUACUGUUCUUUGCCAAAUUGUUGGCCGACUUAAUGUAACCUUAUAUAUGGUGAUUUUUAUACCUGCUGUGGUUGACAGGCAGUAAACUGUUGGGUAACUAUUAAAAAAUCAUAUUGUAAAGAAGACACAGGGACAGUGGCAAAAUGAGUUCGUUAAAGUUAUAGUUUUUUAUUUGAGGCCUUUGUAAUCAGAAAGCUUCUAGUUGUACUUUUGCUUUCAGCUUUUGGUCUCUCUCUCUCUCUCUCUCUCUCUCUUUUUCUCUUUCUCCCUCUCUGUAUUUAAAGCAGUGACUUGCUUUGCAAGGUACUAUGCAGUGUUUUUAAUUAUGUUGAUAAAUAUUAUUUAUAGUAGUCAUUCCUUUCCAAGCAUUUGUAAGUAGACUUUUUUUUUAAAUAUAUUUUAUUGACUUUUUACAGAGAGAAAGGGAGAGGGAUAGAGAGUUAGAAACAUCGAUGAGAGAGAAACAUCGAUCAGCUGCCUCCUGCACACUCCCUACUGGGGAUAUGCCCGCAACCAAGAUACAUGCCCUUAACCAGAAUCAAACCCGGGACCCUUAAGUCCGCAGGCUGAUGCUCUAUCCACUGAGCCAAACCAGUUAGGUGUAAGUAGACUUUUUUAACAUCAAAAUAUUUAUGUCAUCUAAAAAAAAAAUAUGUCAGACAAAGACUGGAAAUUCUAACUUCAAAUUGAAACAGUUGUUAAAUGUAUGUACAUUCUUUUCUAGAAUGAAAUGAAUUAUGGAAGAAAAGUUACUUUAUGUGAUAAUCAUUAACUAAAAAGUACUUAUAUAUAGUUUUUCUGAUUGUCACGUGACUUAAUUCAAUUACUCAUGUAAUUAGGAAGAAAUUCUGUAAAACUGAAUUAUUUUUAAAAAGUGUUUUAGGUGACUGCUACAUUUCUGUACACACACACCUUAUUUCCAGAAUUCUAAAUGUUGUCAUAGGGUUUGUGAGGACCUUUGACUCAGUAACAACGAUUAUAUUGGCGUGAAACUCAAAACAAAAUUACUGUUUCAGAAUACCUCCAUUCUCUAUGACUGAUUAUGAGACCUCUCCCAUCAUGCCUCGACUUACACAGGCCUUUAUUCCUAUCCCUAUCAUCUAGAAGAAAAUAUGUGAUACUGCAACUAAUCUAAUCAGUGGCUGGAAAUAGCAUUAAAAACAGAAGAUCCCAAAGUUUUGCUGCUUAAUUUGCUCAUACUUUUAAAUCUUCUUAGCCUCAGCAAACUGAUUUGGAGAAGAAGCAAGAUACUUUAAAGAAAUGCAAAGAGAAUUCUAAAGCACAAGAAAUAUUGAGGUUGCAAUUAAUCAUUUUUAGUGCAGCAUUUUAGCUUUUGCCCAUCUAAAGCACAAUUAAGAAUUAGACUAAAUUCUUUCCAAUAUUCCAUUUCAGUAUCUACUACAUACUAUUCUUGUUUUUUAGUAUUUUAUAAUGUGUAUAUUAUUUGCUAUUGGAUGACAUUAUUACCCACAGGAAUUCUAGAAAGUUAUCCAGCUGUGCUGCUUGCUGGUCAUGCAUAUGACCCCAGUUAACCAUACUAGUGUUCUGGUUUGUAUUAAUUCUGGGUCAGCAUGCCUUUGUUCUUCCUAACUUGUCAAACUUCACAUAAAUAUAUUUUCAAUUGCAAGGUAAGUGUAUGUAAAUUAUAAUAAUGCAUCUCUAUCUUCAGACUUCGAAUGGCAAAAGCUAUUUAUGCACAGAUAAUUCAUGUUAAGCACUAUAAAGAAGUAUAAAUACUUUUCUGACAUGUAAGUAUAGAUUUUAAAGAUAUGGGACUGUUUAUUUUCACAUAAGUCAAUAUGUUUCUCUAGAACAAAAUAUUUCAUUUAGUAAAGCUUUGUAAAUUGUAUUAAAAAGAAGCAAGGAAACAUUUUUUAACAUAAAACAGAAGUGACUUCAUUCUUUUUUGACAUCAGAGAUAUUCAAAGUUGAUUCCUAGUAUUUGUACUUUUUGGUAUUUACAAAUGGUAAAUAUCACAAGUUACCAUGUGUGAAAUGUAGACUGUCAUGUUGAUAAGGCUCUACAGUGAUACACCAUGUUUGUCUUCAGGCAUUUCACCAGUUUAUACACAACAGCAAUUUUCGACCUUGUAUCAUCUCAUGGCACACAUAAACUAAUUGCUAAAAUUCUACGGCACACCAAAAAAUACAUUUUUUUGCUGACCUGGUUUAAAAAAAGAAAAGUAUAAUUUUGAUUCACAACCGACAACUAUUGUUGUGUUGGCUGUUGUCAUUUUUUUCAUUUGACAAUCUAAGGGAAAAGAGGUCAGUGCUCCUGACCAAAUAGUCGAGUAUUGCAUGUUUUAAAAAUUCUUGCGACACACUGGUUGAAGAUCGCUGAUAUACAAUAUUAACAAGUGGAAUAUGUGUUUCUUUCUAGAACAUUUUCUUUGUACUGUGAAGGCUUUGUUAUACCUUAUUUGCUAUAAAGUUGUAUACCCUCUGAAAUAGAUCAAAUCUUUUCUACUUUGACUUAGCAUUCGCAGCAUAAUUAUGAUGUUUCUUUCCUGCUCCCUUCCAAGGGCUGUCAGUCACUUGAAAUUGUUGCUAACCAUGCUCUUGAAUCAGUGUCCACUGAUGAUACAAAAUUCCUUACCAAUGCUUUAUAACAGUUACCAAAACUCUGCAGCAGCCAGAGCAUGAUAUAUCAUUAAUAGAUGCUGCAAUAAAAUGUUUAGUCUAUAAAAUUAGGGACACAGUGUUUCAUUAUUAUAGCACAAUGUGUGUGCAUGUGCACACACAGCUUUGUAUGUUUGUUUUUUUAACAAAGUCUUUCCAAUUCUUAAAAGUACUGUAGUAUGGUAGUGCCUCAAAUGUUGGUAUUUUUUUUUUUUUUAAUUUACGACUUUUUCAGAAUUUGUUUUUGUACUUUCAAGGUUUCUCAAUUAGAUUAUUUCUAGUUGAGCUGUAAUUUGAAUGCAUUGUUCUCAGGGCUGUUUGUGCUAAGAGUUCAAGUUUUAUUAUUUUAAAGAUAACUGCCUAAAAAUAUAUUGCAGAAUUUUCCCAAAUUGCAAUACAUGCAAAUAAAAAAAUCCUUAAUAUCAACAUACUUAAACUACAUGCUAAGUAUUCAAGAAAAAAUGGGGACAUUAGUGACAACUAUACUGGAAUUUUGCCAUAUAUAUAUAUAUACACACACACACACACUUUUUUGUUCAUCUUAGAGUACAGUUUGAUGGUCUUAUCUUAGAACCCUAUCCUUAAUGAUAUAUCUGAAAACAUUUCUUUAGCAUGGACCCCAAAGGUAGUUUCAGUCAGACAUUGAUGUAGUUAGUGGUUCUCAAACAUAUUUAGGGACAACAGAUCAAAAUUCAUAACGCUUGUUUAGGUACACGUUAAAAUGUUUACAUACUGAAUUCUAUUAUAUGAACUAGGAACAGAUUUACUAGGAGAAAAUAUGGCUCUUAAGAAGUGUAAGAGCAAACUAUAGAUAUAUUUCCAUAAUUAGUACAUUAAACUUCCAAUGGCUUAAAAUUUUCUAUCAUUUAGGCAUAAUAUUUCACAGUUUUCAAGACAUUUUUCUCCUAGCAUUCAGACAAGUAGUAGCCAACAAAGCCUGAAAGAAAAUUUAUUGUGGAAAACUUUUAAAUUGAGAAAAUGCAAUUUAUUACCUUUAAUCUAUUAAAUUUUUUCUUUCUGAAUUGGGUAUCAUUAUUUGAUUUUAGCAGGGAACAUUUGGAUUUAGCUUACGGAACACAGAUGUUCUGUGGGAAGGAACAUGACUUGAAGUUAUUAUAUAAUUUAAUAUUUUUCCAUUAAAUAUCUGAACAUCAAUUUAACCACCAAGUGAAGUCAAGUGCCUGAAAAGUGCUGUAUACAUCUAAUUCGUACAUUUUCCUUCUGUGAAUGAUGCAUCUAAUAGCAAUGCAUAUCAGGCUUCCACCUGCUAGAAACACACUUAGUGCCAAACUUGAUCAUCCACCACUAUUCCUCUCCUUAGAACAGGUUGAAACCUAUUUACAAUUGAAAGAAAUGUUCUUUUAUUUAUAUGAAGUCCCUAAAACUAUUUCUUAGUGUUGGUAGACAGGUUUGUUUUAGUUCAAGAGUGCACUUUUAAAAAACUCUGGAUACUAAACUGUUCAGUGCUGACUACACAGCUUGUCAUAAGUCAUAGUUGUGAUCUUUCGUGAGAGGAAUUCUUUAUUGUUAAUAUCUACUACAAAUAAGCAUUCAUCCUUGUUACAAAGUGUAAUGCAAAUUACUGAUUCUACACUAGUAUAAUGAAAAUGACUAGCUCUAUACUCUAUGUACUGUUGUCCUCUCCAAAUAGGAGAUAGUUGAAAUAGUAUUGUCGAAAGGCACUUUAUUAGUAAUACAUUUUAUUUGUCUUAGGAGUAGGAGAACUCUUGUUUUUACUCAUGUUUUAGCUAAAACUUUAAAAUUGUAAGAAAUGUAGAAUGGGUAUUAUAAUUGUGCAUUUUACAUUUCAAAAAGGGUAAAAUUUAAAUGUUAAGUCUUUGGCUAUACUAAAAUAAUUGUUGAAAUUCUUUAAAAUGUAGAUGAAACUUACCAAUUAUAAUUCUGUUACAUUAAAAUAUAUUUGUUAACUUCAUUGGUUAUAUUAAAUAAAAAUAAAGUUAACAGCU